AAAUUGCGGUUGAAGAGAAUCAAAUGAAAGGGGUUCAUAAAAAUUCUUGUAGAAUCAAGAAUGAACUUUUCGAUUUGUACAUGGAUAUCCUUAAAAUAAUCGUAGGUGUUUCAAACUUACCAUUUGUGUAAUGCAAUAGAUACAAAGUCUCCAUGAAUAGGAGACCUUGUUUCGUGGUAUAUGCCAAUCCUAUUGAACAGGUGCGGAACCACGAUUUUUGUGUAGUGGGUCAUGAAAGAAAACUCUCUUAACUUAUUUAACUGGGUCAUGAGAGAAAACUUUAGAAAUUUGAAGGAAAAAAGGGCUUUAUGUGUAGCAAUGAGGGAUUUGUGAAUCAGUUGGGUCAGGCCGUCUGGUGACGUGCCAGGUCUCUGCCCAUCUCAUCGAGUUUACAUUGAAGUUGGGGGGACAAACAAACAAAGGUAGUACCUUACUCCAAUCUAAUCCAAACAUCUUACUACCAAACAUUGCCUUGACAUUUGAUUAUGGUCAACUUAUGAGUGGAAUCCCAGAUGGGUUGUUGGAGCGAUGUUCCUAAACUGGAUGUUAUUGCUAUACUAUGGUGUGGACCGACUGGUUUAAGUAUUUAGUUUGACUGCUGAAUGGGAUUGAUGAUGGCACUUCCUAUUUGCUGAGCUCUGCUGGCCGAGUUCUUCUUUUUUUGUUUCUUAGAGACAAAUACAUGAGCACUUGAAGCUUUAUGUUCGUGAGGUAGUAUGCUUGUAACAUGGUUUGCAAAUUGCAAUUAGCCUUUAGAUGGUCUUCAUGGGUUUCUGCGCCCAAGCAGUGGUUCGGUAUUAUUAACUCGUGUUUCUAUAUGCAUAUUUAUUACUGGGUUUAUCUCCGGGGAAAAGCUUUUUUGUGGCUUUUCCACUCUCAUCUUUCUUAUUGGUUCUGUAAUGUGGUUGUUGAUGUUACUCUGAUGGGUAUUACUCCUGUCGUGUUUCAGCCUGCAAUUCAAUUUGAUCCAUUCAUAAUGGAAAAACUUGUGAAUCCUAACAACAUCCUAUGAGGGAGAUACAAGUAGUGGUUAAUUCAGUGUCUAUGUAUCUAGAUGUAUAUAUUGAAACUUGAAAUAAAAUUUAGGAAGUUGGACUAUUUUGUGCAUCAGCAGACAGUGGGAGAAAAAUCUUUGUAUCUCAUUGCUUUAAGUUCUCUGUUAUAGUCAUUUCAUGGAAACGGGCAACUUAUGAUACAGGCACGGAAGGAAAUUCCAUUAUAGCGGUUCAAAUAGACACUUUAUGGAUAGGUUGUUGAAUGCUAAUCUGGAAAGAGUUUAAGAUGUUAAUUGAUUAGAUCUGGUGGUUAAAGUGCACGAGUUUACUCUUCUAGGAUGGGAUUCAAACCUUUUCCUGAUUUCUCAAAUAGGAUUGUAUGGUCACAUAUAGGAUACAACAGAGACAAAAAAGGACUGCCGACGAGGGCAUGGGCGAAGCCCCACUUAUCUGUGUGGGUUCAAAUGAAUCCUCUGGGAUCCUGUGAUGUUCUUUUUACGGAUAUGAAGGUAUGUUGCGGUCGGGAAUGAACCCUUCUUGACAACAUACAACGGGAGCUUUCUCACAACAACAUUUCCCGCUCUCCAAAACAUCCAAUCUGCCCUAAUAAAGGCCGGUCUUAGCAGUCGGGUCGAGGUGACAUGCCCACUUAAUGCUGAUGUUUAUUUGAGCUCAACCGGCGUUCCUUCCGGUGGCGACUUCCGAGCUGACAUUCACGAUCUCAUGAUUGCCAUUGUCAAGUUCUUGAGCGACAACGGCGCUCCUUUCACCGUCAACAUCUAUCCAUUCAUAAGCCUCUACAUGGAUGCCAACUUCCCAGGGGAGUAUGCCUUCUUCGACGGUAAUGCGUCACCUAUAACUGAUGGCGGGAUGAACUACUACAACAUGUUUGACGCGAAUCAUGAUACCCUUGUGUGGGCCCUGCAGAAGAACGGGUUUGGAAACUUGCCCACAAUUGUCGGAGAAAUCAGGUGGCCUACCGAUGGUGAUGUAAAUGCCAACCCUACCUACGCCCAAAGGUUCAACCAAGGAUUCAUGUCCCAUUUAUCGGGCGGGAAAGGAACACCAAUGGGACCUGGACCCAUUGAUGCGUACAUGUUUAGCUUAAUUGACGAGGACGCAAAGAGCAUCCAACCGGGAAAUUUCAAACGUCACUGGGGGAUAUUCGCGUAUGACGGAUCACCAAAAUAUCCGCUAAACCUAGGUACAACAAAUUCAAACGCUUUGGUACCUGCAAAAAAUGUGCAGUAUCUAGAGAAGAAGUGGUGUGUCAUGAAGCCGUCGGCAAAACUUGACGAUCCACAAGUGGCCCCCAGCGUAAGCUACGUCUGUUCGCUUGCUGAUUGUACGGAGCUAGGGUACGGGACCACGUGCGGAAAUCUUGACACUCGCGGGAACAUUUCAUACGCGUUCAGCAAGGCGAGGCGUGCAAGUUCCCCAACCUCUCCAUGGUAACGAAAACAGACCCAAGUCCACAGAAUGGGAAUUGCAAAUUCGGGAUUAUGAUCCAGCCGUACUACGGCGGCGCUGAGAGGAGAUUCGGGCGUAUUGGAAGAACAUGGGGAUUGGCAGCAGCAAGCUCCAUUUUCAUGUUGUGGACAAUGUUGUAAUCUCAUUUUUUAUUUUCUCAAACUGUCUCAUUUGCUUCUCUUUAGGAGUAGGCUUUUCAGAAACUGGUGUGGAAUUGGUGAAAGAUUGAUGAUUGCCGGAAGCAUGCAUGAUUUGGUGAUCAGUUUUGCAGUCUAGGCAAACAAUUCAUACCAUGGGUAGUUUGCAGGAUGUAAUGUUAUGUUGUAAUGAAAUGGUGUAUUAUGCAUGAUUGAUGCCUGAUGGAGUUAUUGGGUGGUA